CUCGUUCCUGCUCUUCAUGCCGUCGUCUCAAGGAUUCCGUGCCCAAACCACGCCCUCCGAAAAUUACUUUAGUCGACCUGCAAGCUAUCAUAUCAAACCUUAUAUGUCCGGAAAUCCCUGCCGUCUCUGUUAACGGACUCAACGUCUCGACGUUAAGGGGACAUCUUGAACUGCACGACCUACUGCUACUUAUGCACGUGUCGAGAUACCUGUACAAUUUUGUCAUGAACAAUGCGCGCAGGGGAUCUGGCUGAUCAAAGGUACAUAGGCUCCACAUGCAAACGACGCGCCGUGGAAGCGCUAACGGACGCCAUGAAACAGAUCGUCGUGCCUUUGUAUCCCGCUUCUUUCUGCGUGUUUCUGCCCUCUGGGAGAGAUGCUAGAACUUGAGGAUAGCGCCAGCGAAAAUACGAGUUGCGAGAACGGGAUCUGGACUCGGCGCUCAUGCUGUCGGCGACACUUAUAUCCUCAUCUUUAUCGCGGCUCUACUCUCUGCUAGCGAGCAAUCCGAUCCCAAUCGCAUCUUCAAGCCCAAGAACUUGAUCUUCGACCCACCUUCAAAGCCGUGUCCUUCCCAUGUCUUCCCGUUCGCGUUCUGCCUCAGCUUACUUGCUCACGGCCCACGUCAAAAUGGCACGAUACGGCUCGAAAGAAGCUUUUACAUGGAAGACGGAUAAACUGCUCCCCAAACCGAGAAAGGGCGGAACGAGGUGGACCAUCAGGCAGUUGUCGGGCUGGACGCGGGAGCGCAAGUCCUCCGUAGAGGGCAUUGUGGCCCUCUACCGCACAGAGCCCAACGCUCAGAUGUCGCUGAGUCUAUUUGGAAGAGAAGAAGUCGGUGAACCACUGUGAAGGAACCUGGAGCACUGCCUCGUCCCGGCUCAACUUUGACAAAAAGCGGUGGAGAUUAUCAACGCUGCGACUGACAGUAGAGUCACCUGGACAGCCCAUCCACUUGGAUUUCGGUUAGAUCUUAACCCAUCCUUACCAUCCGAUCCCAUUACUUGAGGUCCCAGCCACUCGAAUCUCGCGUCAAGAAGAUUAUGAGGAUGUAUGUGCGCAGCGAAUGACAGUUGCUGUGCCAAACGGUGGUGAUGAACCAAACAGCGGGAGCUGCGCUCUUAUGCGUUCAUGCACCUGACAACACACUGAUUACACCAGUGACAAAGCUGUCAUAGUGUCUACAUGAAACAUCCCGGAUUUUCGGACGUUCCAGUCUCGCCGCAAUCCCAAUAACAGUGCUGCGGAGGAGAGGCCCGACACUAUCAAAACAGAUAGUGAUAGGCAUCGAUCCGGUUCUGCCUGGAGCUCCGCCAGCGUAAGCGCGCAACUAUAAAACCGCUCAAGAGUCCCUGCGUAUCGAAUAUCAACCAAAGCAAGUCGCAUGAAGCACCUGGCUUUCCUCGCACUCUUAUCUGCACUCGCUGGGCUGACGCGUGCCGCGGUGCUGACACCCGACGUCGACGCGUACAUCGAGAACGUGCUGUCGAGCUGGAACAGUCCCGCUGGCGCCGCGGUGGCUGUCGUGCAGCUCGAUCCCCAAGGCGGGUGGAGUGUCGAGACCAAGGGCUACGGCGUAGCGCAGGCCAAUGGAAGCAAAGUGACCCCAGAAACAGUCUUCUCUAUUGGUUCGAAUUCCAAGCUUUUCGAUAUCCUCGCCACUGGACUGCUGAUCAGCAACACCAGCCUCGAGCCGCAGAUCAGCUGGAACACGAAAAUCGCGUCCAUCCUUCCGGGUUGGGAACUGGCUGAUCCGGUGGCCACUGCUCAGAGCACGAUCACGGACCUGAUGAGCCACCGCACCGGGAUGCCGCGACACGACUUUGCGUACAGCCGCACCGACGAUGUGCCCACUCUGAUUUCACGCAUGAAAUACCUGAAACCGUCGACAGGCUUCCGCGAGAAUCCGCAGUACUCGAAUCUCAUCGCACAUCAUCGAUCCGCUCGGGAUGAACGCGACGACGUACUCGACCGCGGAUGCCUUUGCGUCGGGAAAUUUGCGGAUGGAUUCACCCGGGUCGAUAUAAACGUCACCGACGAUCCGCUGGGUCGUGGAACAGUCUAUCCGUUGCCGUUCCCAUUGGAGUCGAGUGCUCAGGGAUCCGCAUUGUCGGGUCCUGGUGGUAUUCUGAGCAAUGCUAUUGACAUGGCGACCUGGCUCCAAAUGCUGUUGUUGAACGGAAAGCAUCCCAUCACCGGGGAGAUAGUGGUCCCUGCCAGCGCGAUUCAAACCGUUGCCACUGGUAUCUCCGUUUGGGAGGGAAAUGCGCAAUUCCCUGAAGUGACGGCUCAGGUCUACGGUGGUGCCCAAGCGCAGUACGGAUACCGAGGACACGUGAUUAUCGAGGUGAGUCACUUCAACUCAGAAGCUUCAGAUCCCAACCUUUCCAUCAGCACGGAGGAGAUUUCGUCGGUCAGAUUCCAUGCUCAAGUCUCUAGAUUCCCCAACGAAGGCCUCGGAAUCGCGGUCCUCACUAACGACGACGUUUUUGGAACAUACAUGAAAGAGGUGAUCAAGUAUCGAAUCAUCGACGAGGCUCUCGGACUCGAGUCCAUCGACUGGAACACGCGAUACCGCAGUAUCGUCUCCGGCGCGCGUCUAUCCGCCCCCCAAGCUCUCCCGCCUCCCGCCAACGCUACGCUUCCGCUCCCGCUGACCAAGUUCGCAGCUCAAAACUACAGCAAUCCAGGGUACGGGCCGGACAUCGAGCUGUGCGCUGUGUCCCAGCCCGCAUCGCCGACUUGCUCGUCCCUGGUGUCGGCGAUCAACGCUACCUUCCCCGAGCAGCUGGCUGGCGCUGACCUCGUGUGGCGGUGGGACCGACUGUCUGCGACGUAUGCCGCGCUGACGCACUACGACGGGCCGGUGUUCAACGUCUCUGGCUGGGUUCCUCUGCAAACUCGGAACGUGUCGGUGCCGACGAUCGCGUACGACUCGGGCCUGGAGGGCGUCAUUGCGCAGUUUGAUAUCCACGAGGGUCGUGUUCGAGGCUUCGGAUUUGUCGGUGGGUUGUGGGGAUCGGGGACGCUCGAGGGGGAGCCGAGCGGCAAGACCGCGGAAGAGCGGUCUGAGGUGUGGUAUUCGGCUGUGUGA